ACACCAUAUAGAGCAGCCACAGCAAGCUGUGCUUACUGUGCUGUGGUCAUCUGCUUUUUUGUGAUUUUUCAGACAUACAGUCCUACGUGCUACAGCCCCUUUAUUUCCCUCUCUCUCCUGCUUUGUUGCAGGCUGUCCUACCAGAGAAAUGAUGAUGAUGAGGAAGAAGCUGCCAGAGAACGUCGUCGACGAGCUCGACAGGAAAGGCUGCGGCAAAAGGAAGAAGGAGAUUUAUCAGGGGAAGUAACAGAGAAAUCAGAAGUUAAUGCCCAGAACAGUGUGGCAGAAGAAGAAACGAAACGUAGUACAGAUGAUGAAGCGGCAUUGUUGGAGAGACUGGCAAGACGGGAAGAGAGACGCCAAAAACGUCUACAGGAAGCCCUGGAACGUCAAAAGGAAUUUGACCCAACGAUCACAGAUGGGAGCUUGUCAGUGCCCAGCAGGAGAGAAGUAAACAAUGUGGAAGAAAAUGAGACCACAGGGAAAGAGGAAAAGGUUGAAACACGCCAAGGACGCUGUGAGAUUGAGGAAACAGAAACAGUUACCAAAUCGUACCAAAGGAACAAUUGGAGGCAAGAUGGAGAAGAAGAGGGAAAAAAAGAAGAAAAAGACACGGAAGAGGAGAAACCAAAGGAGGUACCCACAGAGGAAAAUCAGGUAGAUGUGGCAGUAGAAAAGUCCACAGAUAAAGAAGAGGUAGUAGAAACAAAAACUCUAGCUGUAAAUGCAGAGAAUGAUACAAAUGCUACGCUGGAAGGGGAGCAGAGUAUAACUGAUGCUGCAGAUAAAGAGAAGGAAGAGGCUGAGAAAGAAAGGGAGAAACUUGAGGCAGAAGAAAAGGAGAGGUUAAAAGCAGAAGAAGAAAAGAAGGCAGCUGAAGAAAAACAGAAAGCAGAGGAGGAAAAGAGGGCAGCUGAGGAAAGAGAGCGAGCUAAAGCAGAAGAGGAGAAGAGAGCAGCUGAGGAAAGAGAGAGGGCUAAGGCAGAAGAGGAGAAAAGGGCAGCUGAGGAAAGAGAGAGGGCUAAGGCAGAAGAGGAGAGGAAAGCAGCUGAGGAGAGGGCUAAGGCAGAAAAGGAGAGGAAAGCAGCUGAGGAGAGGGCUAAGGCAGAAGAGGAAAGGAAAGCAGCUGAGGAGAGGGCCAAGGCAGAAAAGGAAAAGAGGGCAGCUGAAGAAAAGGCUAGAUUAGAGGCAGAAAAAUUAAAGGAAAAGAAAAAGAUGGAAGAGAAGAAAGCACAAGAGGAAAAAGCUCAAGCAGAUUUGCUAAGAAAAAAGGAGGAAGACAAAGAGGUUAAAGCGGAAGCUAAAAAGGAAAGCUUACCAGAGAAGCUUCAACCUAUCUCCAAAAAAGAACAGGUAAAAGACAACAAGGAUAAAGAAAAAGCACCCAAGGAGGAAAUGAAAAGUGUCUGGGAUCGUAAAAAGGGAGUUCCGGAACAAAAGGCACAGAAUGGAGAACGCGAACUCACUGCCCCCAAACUUAAAUCUACUGAAAAUGCUUUUGGCCGCUCCAACUUGAAAGGAGCUGCAAAUGCCGAGGCUGGCUCUGAGAAGCUGAAGGAGAAACAGCAGGAGGCAGCUGUGGAGCUGGAUGAGCUGAAGAAAAGGCGGGAGGAGCGCAGGAAAAUCCUGGAGGAAGAGGAGCAGAAGAAGAAACAGGAGGAGGCUGAGAGAAAAAUCAGAGAGGAGGAAGAAAAGAAGAGGAUGAAGGAAGAAAUUGAAAGGAGAAGAGCUGAAGCAGCUGAGAAACGUCAGAAAAUGCCAGAAGAUGGCGUAUCUGAAGAAAAGAAGCCAUUUAAAUGUUUCAGUCCUAAAGGUUCAUCUCUGAAGAUAGAAGAACGAGCAGAAUUUUUGAACAAAUCCGCUCAGAAGAGUGGUAUGAAACCUGCCCACACAACAGCAGUUGUCUCAAAGAUUGACAGUAGACUUGAGCAAUACACUAGCGCAGUUGUGGGCAACAAGGCUGCAAAACCAGCCAAACCAGCAGCCUCUGACCUUCCUGUUCCAGCUGAGGGUGUCCGUAAUAUCAAGAGCAUGUGGGAGAAAGGGAAUGUUUUUUCAUCACCUGGGGGAACAGGAACACCAAAUAAGGAAACUGCUGGACUGAAAGUUGGUGUCUCCAGUCGUAUCAACGAAUGGCUAACCAAGACCCCAGAGGGUAAUAAAUCACCUGCUCCAAAACCUUCUGACUUAAGACCAGGAGAUGUAUCCGGCAAACGUAAUCUCUGGGAGAAGCAGUCAGUUGAAAAGCCAGCUGCUUCUUCUUCAAAGGUAACAGCUACGGGGAAAAAAUCAGAGACUAAUGGUAAGUAAUUCUAAUAAUUCACCCACCUAUUAAAAAGAAAAAAAUGUUUGUACAGACAUUUUUGUACAGACACUACAGUUCCAGGUUUUUAAAACACUACAACUGUUAACGUUGAUGAGAAAAAAAACACCUUUUUUUUCCUUUGCCAAAAAAAGGGGGAAAAAAGCUCCAUUGCAGCAUCACCAAAAUAUGGCUACUAUUUUGAGAAAUAACGCUGAAACGUCUGGGAGGGCUGAGUACAAGAAGCUCUCUAGCCACGUUUGCCAGUAUUGUGUGAGUGACAUCGCAUCAAAUUUGCUACAGCUGCACAGCAUCAUUAAACUAAGAGGUCUGAUGAACGGGAUGGUCAUUUAACUAAUUGCAGCAAAUACCAGGCAUCUGGGAAAGGCUCUUUUAAAGGCUGCAGAGAGAAUGGAUAUGCUUUUCACAAGUGGAAAGGGAGAAUACAAAAAGCAAAGCUAUUGUGGCUGCAUCAUUUGAGCAAAAAUGGAAGAUCUCAGCAUUGCUGAGAACAAGCCCUGCAUCUGAUUUUAAGUACUGCCACUGGGCAAUAAUGAAGCUUGCUGAAAACUCUGCAGUGUUUGUGUUUGAAAAUUCACCUUGCUGGUCACAAGUCCCAUCUGUUCUGGCACAUCCAGAUGGGGACAGAGCUCAGAUGCACUCAGCAGUGUCACUGUUUUUGUUGGAGCUGUGCAUUGGUCUUUGCAAGACAAAAAGAGUCUUACUACUGUCAUGUUGAAAUUAGUAGUCUAGGAAACAACUUAGCUAUAGGUCAAUAAAUCAGUGAAAUUCUCCUCCUA